AUGUAUGCAAGUGGGGAUGUUGUAAAGCAAUUGCGGAAUGGUGAUAUCCUAUUCAUCGGUCGUCGUGAUGAACAAGUGAAAAUUCGUGGAUUCCGUGUGGAGCUUACUGAAAUUGAAGCAGUUAUCUGCGGGUUACCAGAUGUGAAACAAUGCAAAGUGAUUCUGAUGCAAAACUCACUGCAGAUUCUCGUUGCAUAUUUCACUCUCCGUAGUGGAUCAAAUCGGUCACCAGAUGUGGAUAGGAUAAGAGAAUUCUGCAAACAACGACUACCACAUUAUAUGAUACCAACUUAUUUCAAGGAGCUUGAGCAAUUCCCUAUUACCAAGAACAACAAGAUUGAUAUUACAAAAUUGCCAAUGGUUAGUGAUGAGGAUCACAAUCAGCGCUUGAAAGAUCAGCCCGAAAAUGUUGUUGAAUUCAGAUUAUGGUUACUAUUCAAGCAGGUGCUAUUAAAUGAAUCGAUUUCAACUGUCGACGACUUCUUUGCGAUCGGAGGAAAUUCGUUACGCGCAAUGUUAUUGGCUCAAAGAAUCAACGAGGAGUUCAGUGCAAACGUUUCUGCAAACAUUAUUUAUCAGUAUCGGACGAUUCGUCGUAUCGCUGAAUUGCUGAAUGCAAAAACGAAUCUCCAUUUGCAUACUUGCUCCACUCACGCUCAGGUUGACGAUGCGCCAUCGAUAAAAAUCGACUAUCAUUCU